AUGUCUCUGAACGGGCUCGACGACCCCGUCGUGACGAGCGCAUACCAGGGCGCCCUCGCUGAAGGCGGAGGAUGGUUCCUCCUCCAUUAUGUCUCCCGAGAUGCCGUCAAUGUUCUUGCUCGUGGCACCGGCGGAGCCGCAGAAGCCCGCGCCGCUGUCGCCAAUUACAACGAAUUGUCGCCCCUGUAUGGCUUCCUGCUAUACCGCCGACGCAAGGUCUUGAUUAAAUACACGCCAGAGGGCACCUCGCGCUUGUUGCAAGCUCGAACCGCGGUCCACUUCACCUCCGUCGCCGAAAAGUUCACCCCCCACGAUAUUACCAUGACGAUCCAGUCCGCCGAGGAGCUCAGUGACUCUGCUCUCGCUUCGGCCUGUUCACUACACACGGCUGCGACCUCGACUUGCUCAUCCAGUUCGUCCCGCAAGAAGCUGAGUGAGAUCACUGAAGAUGCGGAAGAGGGGAUAGCAGGUGGGAGCGGUGCGGCUGCUUUGGGCCGCCCACCCACUGCAACUUCAGUGCAAGCUGCCAUCUCCGAAGGCCCUCCCGUGGAGCUUUCCGCGCCUCUGGAAACUGACAAGGAGAUGCAGUCCUUGGACAAACAAGGAGCAAGGAACCCGAUGCCAUUCGCGAACCAGCCCCCGGAGCUCUCCAGUUCGGGGCCCGAGCCACAUGUAUCUCGCGCAGCUGAAAUCAGGCAGAGCUUGCAUAGCUACGAGGAACUCUUCAAGGACGGUCCUGAUCCACGCCUCUCCUCGCAGACCGCUCGCCCUGCUGCAUCCGACCUGUAUGCUGAGAUCUAUGCUCAGUACAACAAACCGAAAGUGAAGCUUGGCCCUCGACCAAAGGUAUCCCUCGACGGGAAACGGCCUCAUACCUCUGGUACUGGCGCGCAUAGGCCUGUAUCGUCGCUCCCAGCAGGCAUGCGUGCCGCUAACAGGCGCACGAUGAUGGAAGUCAGCCGCCCAAAGUCGAGGGAAUCUAGCGCUGUUCCGAGCAUCGCUGUCCCACCACCUCCUCCCUUACCAGCUUUCCCUUCCCUUCCUACGAGCAAUCCGGAUUCCCUUGUCCAACUACCGCUCACAGCCCCGAAGAGUCCCGCCAGUGUCCGAAGCAUGACAUUGCCGAGCCAUAACCUCAGUAGCCGGAACGCGAACGUCGUGUCGCCCGAGAAGCAACGCUUGAUGAAGGCAUUGGAGCUCCGGAAGAAGAGGCAACAGCAGCGCCAAGAGGGAGCCGACGAGGUGACCAAGAAGCCGCGCAUCGAUAAAGAGGCCGAGACUGUGACUGAAGCUCCAAAACAGGAGAGUCCAACUGAGGGGGAUGAUGAGAUCACCAAGGAAAGUCCCAAGACAAGCCAGGAGGCUGAAGCUAUCACGGGAAAUAUGAGAGAUGCGAAUGGAACCAAGGACAGUGAGACCGUAAGUCCGAUCGCAGCCGAUGGCGAGCCGCCCGUCCCUCCCGUACCUGGCAUGAAACCCGGCUCAUCGGUCGAAGACGAGGUGAACGAUAUCGUCUCGAGACACAACGCAUCAGGUCCGAAUUCACCACCGGAACCGGAGCCCUCUCCAGAAAGCAUCCCACCACCCAUACUCUCCGAGGUUCAUGCAGACGUAAAGCCAGAGGCCCUACGCAAUGAAAAGGCGCAGAAGAGAGUGGCGUCCUCUACCAGUGUCAAUUCAGUAACACCUGUCAAAUCACAGGACACAGUCGGGAUUCCCAGCGCCGAGCUUGCAGAGGAGUUUAACUCUGUUAUAGAGAAUUCCGAGAAGCCAGAGGAGGCUGAACCCACCGAGAACCACCAGCCGUCCAGAGGCUAUAAAAGUGAGGGCAGCACGCUCCCAUCGCGAGGCCAUGUAGCCUCAACCCGCGAAUCAGAAGAGAAGACCCCUUGCGGAGAUGGCCAACCGUCGAAGGACCCCUCGGAGGCUGAUACGGUCCCAGUGGCAUCUGAGGAGCCCGUCCCAACACCAGAAGGGGAGGACCUUCCGUCGGCCUCCUCUCCAGUGACGGCGCAAACUCAGACAUCUUCCGCUCCACCUUCUACGCGGCCGUCUUCUUUGUCUGAUGAUGAACCACAUCCCUCAAAGCAAACCCCUACAUUUGCUAAUGAGGAUAGGCAAACUCUCCAGCAACUAGAAUUAUCUGUCAAGUCAGAGAUCAUCAAGGAGGAACAAGAGUCCACUGAGAGCACUCCUACAGUUGUUCCUGAUACUGCGGACUCCACUCCUGCCGUAGAAGUGGAAUCAGACCCGGAUUCACAAAGCGCACCUCUGGUUCAGCUAUCGCCUCCGGAAGAUACUCCUGCGGACCAAGUUAAAGCAGAGCCCUCUCCGCCUACCGACGACGCUACUUCUUCUCAGCCGCAAUCAAAGCGCGCAUCGAUGCUCUUCUCAUCAAACGCACCCCUCCAAGGAGGAGAGACGCUCAGCAAGAGACAGAAGAGAGAAUCGAUGGUUUUAUCCGUUCCCAAGCGACGGAGCCGAGUUCUUGAUUCAGUACAGAUUAAUUUGAACGGCGAUAACCGUGAUUCUCAGGAUUAUCUCUCCGAUGACUCCUUUAUGGAUGAGUUGCAGAGUGCGACAGUGCAGGAAGCGAAGCCCAUGUCCGUCUCCAAGUCCCCAAUUACCCCGUUUUUCCCGCGCAAGCCAUCAUCGCCCGAACUGGACAAGUCCUCCCCCUCAGCUGCACCCAAGGUCGCCCGUCUGACUCCCGAGCAAAGCGGAAGCCGAAAGCUCUCUGGAGUUUGGCCUCCUCCGCAGACCGUGGAGAACGUACCUGUCCCUAAGAAGAUCAACGUAUCCUCGGGCAUAUCUCAGCGGAUCAAAGCUCUGGCGGAGAAGUCAAACAAGGACUCGUCAUCAUCAUCUGUAAGUCCGCUCGCAACUCCAGACGCAUCUGCUUCGAUUGUUGCACAACGCAAGUCCUCGUUCUUCGCUGCGCCUGUCACUGGAGAUUCCUCCAGCGGAAAAGUUGUCAAUCGCCUUAGCAUUGCUUCCUUCGCAAACCUGUCUUCUACAGCAGUGUCUGACAGAGCAUCCGUCCUGCAGUCUCCUUCCAUGAGCAGAGAGAACAGCCCCGCCAUCUACAACGUCAGGCCGACGACCGAGAAACCUGAAUCGGUCCAAGUUACCGCCCGCAUUGUUCGGGAUGGCCGACCGCUCAAUCCCUCCCUGAGUAUGCCGACCGAGUCCACUCCUUUGGAGCUGCACCGAAGCGAGAUCACCAUCGAUCAUCAGAAGUCCACCCGGACCAAAACUCCGGUGAGCAACCCACCGACGGAACCUACAUCCCCCAAGGCGCCGUCGUCAUCACAUUCGAAAGACCAAGUUCCUAUUCUUCCUCGCUCCUCCUCGGAGAGCAGCUGGCGAUCCUUCGGUCGCAGGCUGAGCGAGUCCAAGUCCGCCAGCACACCUCGCAGUCUCUCGGCUCACAGCUCUGAAAGCGAAGGAGGCAAGAGGGAAGACAAGAAGGAAAAGAAGGAUUCCCGAACAAGCAAGCUUUUUAAGAGAAUGUCGUCGUUUCCUUCCAUCACGAGGAAGGGCCAGAGUGGUUCUCUGCAGGAGGACGAGCAUACUUCAAGGCCCCUAGCGUCGCUGCGUGAGCCGCCACCACCUGUACAGGUUGGAGACUUAAAUGUGCAGUUCCCGGAUACCUUGCUGUGGAAGAGACGAUGGGUCGAGAUCGACGCAGCUGGAAACUUAGUACUGUCCGUUUCGAAGCCAAAUGAGCAAAUGAAAGGCAUCACCAAACGCUUCCAUCUCACUGAAUUCCGCACCCCCUACGCCCCAGACCAGGACCAACAAGAGCUUCCCAACAGUGUCGUCUUUGACUUCAUCGACGGACGGACUUUGCAGUGUGCCUGCGAAACAGUCGCAGCACAGAUGACGGUUCUCCAAGUCUUCAGAGAAGCUCACGACGCUUGGAUAGCGUAUGACCAAGGCUCUUGA